GCGGGCGGAGUUCUCUCUUCCGACUUAAGUGUGAAGCUGAAGCAGGAAAACCGCACACAACAGCCUACCCUGGAUUUCAAAACGAAGGUCGGUUCACAAACGUCAACAAUCAUGAACACAUUCGGUAAGUUCGGUUGACUCGGAAUACACGUUUCUCGGGGUUAAUUUGACAAUAAUAAGUAAGUUUAUACGAUUACACGAAUGAAAGAUGAAGUGCACGUAUGCACUGAGAGACUUGCCGGGACAAGACCGUUAUUUUAUACAAGUAUGAGCAGCUAUUCUUAAUCUUAAACGGAAUAUUGUACGAGUAAAGCCAGCCAGCCAGCAAGCUAGCUAGCUACUACAGGGUUAGUAAACUAUCUAGCAGGGCCACAAUGGAUGCGCUGGAAGUUCUCCUGGACGAGGUGGCUCUGGAGGGGCUGGACGGUAUAACCCUCCCGUCUCUCUGGAUUCGUCUGGAGUCGAGGAAGCCGCCGUUUGGCCUCAGUCUGGACACGUGCACCAAAGAUUUCCUGUGGAAGUCUCUAGCUAGAAACGCCGACGUCAACUUCUACCAGAUGCCGAAGGAGAGGGCAGAUGUCGUCCUGUUAGACAGGUUCGCUGACAUCGACCCGAACACCGGGAUUCAGGUGGCGCAGCAGUUCGACGGGAAAUCGGACGUGUACCCGGUGCACGUGCUUGUGGACGACCCUACCGGGGUCCAGGGGUCCUGUUUAUACUACCAGGAUAGAAAAGACGUUACUGGAGAUGUUAGGACGGCAGACCUCACUCCUAGAAUCACCCUGGAGGAGGCGUUUGAGAAGUGGGCCAGGCGGCUGGUGGUGACAGCAGGUCAGCAGGUUAGGUUCAGGACUCUGAUUGGUCCCCAGGGCGACCCGGAGCUGCAGCUGUCGGACCACUCCUACUGCAUCCUGGAGAGGGUGGGGCGAGGGCGCUGGCAGGGGGAACUGCAGAGAGACCUGCACACCUGCUCCUUCAAGACGGAUGCAGGGAAGAUGCACUACAUGAGGAAGUCUCUGGUCCAGCACGGCCUGAUCACCAUGGAAACACAUGUGACCCGCACGCCCAGCGGACAACAGCAGCAGUCCAUCCUGCUGGGGCUCCCUCGCUUCCACGUGGACCGGAGGAGUAAGUAUGACAUCCUGAUGGAGGCCACCUCCAACGCUCUGCUGGACUCCCACGACCACACCUCCUCCCUCAUCUCCCUCCGAGACCAGCUGCGUGUGAAUGACAGGACCUUCAAGCGUGUGUCCCAGUACAUGAUGGCCUCCAAGCUGGUGCAGCUGGUCAAAGUUCCCCUGCAGGAGAUCAACCCCUCCGCUGGGCCCUGUCUCACCACCAGAGGUUCCCGGUCGCUGGUGCGAGGUCUGAAGCUGCUGAAACCCUACGUGAGGAAGGAGGUCCUCAUUGAGGAGGAUGAUGAUGACGAUGAUGAAGAUGGAACAGGAAACAGGAAGAGUCUCCCCUCCGAGGGGCGGGUCAUGGAGUGUGACCUCAUCUCACAGGCCUAUGGGAUUGUGCUGUCCAGCGGGACCAAAGGGCUUUCCCAGAGUGCCUUGCGUUCCAGGAUGUGUGUGGGUCAGCUGGAGUCUCGCAUGAUCUGCCGUCUGCUGCAGAGGAACAACGUCAUCAAGGGCUUCAUGGAGGAUGAGGGUCGUCAACGCACCACCAAGUUCAUCAGUCACCGCUACGUCAGCCAAUCACACCUCCUGCAGCAGUUCACCCAGGAGGAGGAGCGCAACGAGAAGCUGCUCUCCUCUGGGGGGUCCAAACCUGCCUCUGGGAAGAAAGGGGCCCCCAAACCUGCCUCUGGGGAGGGCAGGCCCCCCAAACCUGCCUCUGGGGAGGGCAGGCCCCCCAAACCUGCCUCUGGGGAGGGCAGGCCCCCCAAACCUGCCUCUGGGGAGGGCAGGCCCCCCAAACCUGCCUCUGGGGAGGGCAGGCCCCCCAAACCUGCCUCUGAACAACAAGGGCCCCCCAAAAGUCCGUCUUUGGAGGGUGUGGCCCCCAAACCUGCCUCUGGGGAUGGAGGGGCCACACGCCCCCGGACAAGGGGGACAUCCAAAACAACGCCCUCAAGAGAGGCCUCACCCACAACCCCCCAGGCUGGAGAUACACCAAUCAGCUGUGAGGAGGAGGGGCGAGAUGGAGAGGGUGGUGGGAAGGAGGGAGCAGGAGAGAAGAAGAAGAGGGGGAUUUGGAGAGAAGGGCUUCCUUCUCUCCUGAAGCAGACCACCCUGAACUUCCCUGUCUCUCACUUCUCUCCUGUUAAGAGUAAGGCCCCACCCCCCUCCACAGCCUCAGACAGAAAGGUUCCAGAGGCGGAGUCACUGCCCAGUGCUGGAGAGGAGGGGGAGGGGCCUGCACCUCCCAGUCUGUCAUUGGACGAGAUGGUGGGUGGGACCAUGGAAACCGACCAACCACAACACAGCAUCACUUUCAUGGAGGACGACCCCAGACUGAAGGUGUCUGAAGGUCCCCCCAGUGCUGGUCUGUGGGGGCGGUCGGGCAGGCGUGUGCAGCGCCACCACCAGACCUACCGCCUCCUGAGGAGGAAAAACAUGAUCAUCGAGUGCGUCCGCAGCCUGCGCGUGGUCGAGGGGCUCUUCACGCUGCAGAAGAUGAUCCGAGAGGCGGAAGUGCUGGAGGGGGUCAAGACCAGGUGCUGUAGGAAGACAAUCGUCCGUCUGAUCCACUCUCUGAGCAGGGAGGGCAUGCUGAAGAUGUUCACCACCACCAUCAUCCAGGAUGGCCUCAGCAAGAAGGUGGACUUGAUAGUCCAUCCCUCCAUCUCUCAGACUGACCCCAUAGUGAAGAGCGCCAUAGAGCAGGUCCGCUUCCGCCUGUCCAGCUCCUACACAGCUGCCCGGGCUCAGGCAGAGGAGGGAGGGAAGGAGGGGGGGAGGGGGAAGGAGCGAGGGAGCGAGGAGGAGGAGGGAGGGAAGGAGCAAGGGAGAGAGAAGGUAAACAAAGGAAAGAGAACAAAGAAGUUCCAGAAGAGUAGGGAGGAGAUGGACAAGUACAAACCCACUACCGUUAAGGGGCUCAGCAGGUGUCUGGGGUACCAGCCGAAGAUGCAUCGUCUGCGUCUGGUCCACACCUUCCUGUGGUACGUCAUUUACGGACACCCCCUCCGCUACGCACCAGCCAGUCCCCUCGCUGGCCCCGCCCACGCACCAGCCAGUCCCCUCGCUAGCCCCGCCCACGCACCAGCCAGUCCCCUCGCUGGCCCCGCCCACGCACCAGACAGUCCCCUCGCUGGCCCCGCCCACGCACCAGCCAGUCCCCUCGCUGGCCCCGCCCACGCACCAGACAGUCCCCUCGCUGGCCCCGCCCACGCACCAGCCAGUCCCCUCGCUGGCCCCGCCCACGCACCAGCCAGUCCCCUCGCUGGCCCCGCCCACGCACCAGCCAGUCCCCUCGCUGGCCCCGCCCACGCACCAGACAGUCCCCUCGCUGGCCCUGCCAACUUCCCAGAGAGUCUCCUUGCUGGCCCCGCCCACGCACCAGCCAGUCCCCUUGCUGGCCCUGCCCACUUGCCAGACAGUUCCCUCGCUGGUCCCGCCUACGCCCAGCCGGUCACGGAGCCCGCCCCCACCUGCCAGCAGGAAGUGAGGUCGCUUGUGGAGAAGGAAGGGGCAGAGUUUCUGGACUCGUCGGAGCUCGGACACUUUGACCCCCAUGUGAAAGUGUAUAGUGAGGAGCUGACCUGGAGGAGGUUCGUCCCUCCCUCUCCGCUCCAUCAGGAGUUUGGUCCAGGCUGGGCCCUGUCCUCCGACACCCUGCUCUGCCUGCCUCUCUCCAUCUUCACCCAGAUCAUCCAGAUCAACUUCACGAUAGAAGGCUUGGACGCGUACCUGAGCGACCCAGAGAAGCAGCACUACCUCAUCAGGUUCCUGCCCUCCAGGAUUCAGAGACAGCUGCUGUUCAAGCGGAAGUACAUCUUCAGCUUCCACGAGAGUAUGCAGAGGCUGGUCUUCAUGGGCUUGCUUCAGUUCAGCCCCACAGAGAAGUUCCAGGACAAGGACCAGGUGUUUCUGUAUCUGAAGCGUAACGCUGUCAUCGUUGACACCACCUCCUGCGAGCCUCACUAUUCGCUGGCCAGCCCGCUGCCAGGGCGACCGUUUGAGAGGCGGAGCUACUGCUUCCUCACGGCCGACGAUGUUGACAACUACUGGUUUGACUUGCUGUGUGUCUGCCUCAACACUCCGCUAGGUGUCAUCCGACCCAAAAAAUCCAUGAGCUGUCAGGAGGAAGAGCAAUCAGUUACCACGGAGACCACAGAACCCUCUGAGGUUCCAUGGACACCAAAACGCAACGAGUACCAGAGACUGUUAUACACACUCAGGGGCAGCAGGGAGGUGUGUGAUGAGGCCGUGGUGCCUGGGGACGGCCGGGGGGCUGGGGGGCUCGACUCUGACUUCUACAGCCACCUGAAACGCAACUGGAUCUGGACCAGCCAGCUGCUGGACAGGAAGAGGAACAAUGCCUGUGAGGUCAGCAGCACCAUCAGAUUGAAGAGUCUCCUCAACAAACAGUCUUUCAGCUGGGCUGCCAGGGCUGGUUCGACCUUCCCAGGCUCUCUGACCAAUAAGCAGAGCUUGAUAUCCCUAUUGGAGGAGAAGGUGACAGUUGCCACGGAGCCAGCCAGUAGGAAUCAGCAGGUGAGAGGCGGAAAGAAGAGGGAGCGGAAACGACCAAUCAGGAAGCAGGUGGCCAAGGUCCCGGCCAAGAUUAAGAAAGUGGUGGUGCGCAGGCCUGCCCAUGAUGAGGCAGACCGCAGAGCUCUGAAGAGGAUGACCAGGCGCAGGGUGGUGUGGACGCUCCGAGAGGACUCCUUCCUCAUGCUGUGUAGCGUGGCCUCUCGCCUGCUCAACAGACAGCUGCGGCGGCCCUUUGUACCUUACUGUGAGGUGAGGGACCUGCUGCACGCUGACUUGUCUGAGUCUCUGGAUAAGACCUCCGUUGCCAUCGCCCGCCGCACACGCUACAUCAUGAAGAACCCUCACACACACCUCAACUACAGGAUCUGUCUGGCGGAGGUCUCUCAGGACAGCUGUCUGAUGGACACACUAGACAGGAAGAAGCCCAGCAACCCUAAUGAUGCCACGGAGUGUGCUAAUGCAUUUAGACAGCUGGUGGUGUUGCUGAGGCAGAAGUUCAGCUCUGCUGCCGUGACUCAGUCACACACCAUCCCCACCUCCAAACAAGCGCUGUUCUCAAGGUUUAAGGUGCUGAUCAUAGACCAGGGCAAGGAGAGGGUCCUUAGAGACAACCUCAACUGUAUUGAGGACAUCCACUCCUUGGUUUUGAACAACCUGAUCCAGAGCACUCUGGUCAUGUCCAACACCCAGAUGAAGAGCUGCAGAUCCUUCCAGACGUUCCACAUGUACAGCAGGUAUGGUCAGGAGCUGCUGUGCCAGGCGUUCCUCAGCUGCAGGAAGAAUGGCCUGGUGAACCGUCGCCGUAUCAACCAGCAGGGGGGGCCCAAGAAGAAUCGUGCCCUGCCCAUCCUGCCCAUGUCCUACCAGCUCUCCCAGACCUACUACAGGUGCUUUGCCUGGCGUUUCCCUGCAGCACUGUGCAGCGAGGCCUUCCACUUCCUGGAAACCCUCAGAGACAACAAGACAACCGACCACCGACCUAUGACAUCGUUCCACAACAAGACGGUGGACAGGGGGAGUGGAGAGAGACUGGAGGAGGAGAGGAUGGAGGAGGAGAGAGACCAGGGAAGGACUGAGAGAACAUGCGAGGUGAAGGGAGGAGAGGCAGGAGGAGGAGCAGGAGGAGGAGGAGGAGCAGGAGAGGGGGAUGAAAACACAGACCCAGAGAACACAGGAAAAACACCAGAAGCACCCAACGACCCAGAGACCUCCAGAGACGACGCACCUCCCCAGCCCUCACUGCCCCAGACGGAGCUGCCUGUCCCGGGCCCGGCACCGGCCGCUGGCCCCGUGGAGUCCCUGGAGCCUCCGGAUGAGGAGGGCAUGCUGCAGUUCCCUGUGGGGGCGGCAGGGGGCGCAGUGCUGGCCUGCCUCAGCCUCAUGACCCUGGGCAUGCUCAGUGUGUCUGUGGGGAUUCCCAAACACAUCGUUGUGGUCGACUCCAGUCUGGUGGACACGGACUCAGUGAAGAGGAGCAUGGCAGCGCUGGAGGAGGAGGAGGAGGAGGAGGGCAGAAGGGGAGGCUCCCAGUCUGAGCAUGCUCAGUUGCGUCCCAGCUCUCACACGGGGCUGCUGCUCCUGCGGGGGUGCUGGCCGGCCGCCAGCAUCAACCUCCGGCAGCUCAGCAACAACGACUGUGUGGUGGUGGAGAGCUGCAGCGUGAAGCUGACACUCCGCAGCCAGCCUGCACACACACUGUUCACUCCAGAAUGCCCCCCUCUAGACUCCUCCAUACAAGGAUCCUCUCUGCUGCCUCCCUUCCUCACCCGUCCUGUCCCGCUCCCCUCCUCCCCCCCCCUCCCCUCCUUCCCUGAGGGCUACACCCCCCAGGAUCUGGCAGCCAAUCAAGAGCUGCUCAAGGCUCUGCAGGAGGCGGGGCCAUACGGAGUGGAGGGGCGGGACUUCCUGUUGGCGUUCGCACACCUGCAGGAACCCAGGGACGGACGCACACACACACUGCAGCAGUACAUACAGGACCUGCAGGAGGCGGGGCAGAUGUUGCAGUUGGGCGGGGCUUCGAUGCGGCUGGUCCUACUGGCCCAUGCUGAGCCCUGGCUACUGACCACCACCCAGAGAAGCCGGACGGACCAGGACCAGUCCCAGGACCAGGGAUUGCCGCUGGGGGAGAGGGGCAGGAAGAGGGGCCUGGAGGACAGAGAGGACCAGGGGCCACCUGGGAAGAAAGUGGCCAGGGAAGGAGAGGGGAAGGAGGGGAGAGACAGAGGGGAGGAUGGAGACAGGAUGGAGGAAGAGGGGGGGGAGCAGAGUUUUGGAGAGGAGAGAGAGAGGGAGCAGGGAGGGAUGGAGAGAGAGGAAGACCGAGGAGGAGAGGAAGAGUUGGAGAGGAGAGAGGAAGGAGAGAGGGUUUGCAAAUCAUCAUGCUCUUCAACCACCAGUCUGACCAAUCAGAGAGCUGCAGCAGAGGAUGAUGGCAGGGGUGUGUGUGAGGAGGUGAGGUAUGUGUCUCGUCCGUGGAGGAUGGUGGAUGGGGGUCUGAACCGGCCCACCUUGAAGGGCAUGCUGGAGGCGGUGCUCUACCACAUCAUGACCCAGCCCGGCCUAUCACAGCGCAGCUUACUGGAGCACUACCGACACGUCCUCCAACCUGUGGUGGUGUUGGACCUGGUGCAGACCCUGGUGUCUCUGGGCUGUGUGAGGAGGAGGUUUCUGGCCAGCAGGCCCCGCCCCUCUCUGUUCUCCCGGCCGUGCCCCGGUGGGGGUGAGGGGGUGAGGAGGGAGGGGGGCUGGGGUGAGGGGGAGGGACAGUUCUAUGAGGCGUCGGUGGACGGUUGUCUACGUCUGGGACAGCUGUUCCCCAGCGAGACCAACUGGAACCAGUGUACUACCUUAUCCCAGCUGGGCUCAGGUAGACACGCUAUUGGCUGAGACCAAUACAGGAGGAUUACCUAUUUGCUGAGACACGGACCCUGACCCAGGAAGGCUUCUGAUUGGCGGUGUUAUUAUUUGAUUAAUUUAAUAUUUCUCAUUAUUUGUAAUGGUUCAGAUGUUUUUUAUAAGACAAGGAAGUCUUCAAAAAGAUGAUUUCAUCAUAUGUUGUCAUUGUUUACAGUAGUUAAAUAUAUUAAAGUUUGAACAAAAGAA